AAAGUAUCGAAUGAUCGCAAAAAUUGCGCCGUUGCGGACUUGGCAAAAGAGUACAGACAUUGUGCAGGGUAAGCUUGCAGCCGAGCUCUCCAGCGCCCGCCAACUACCAGUCAACGAGCAGCAGUCGCGCGACGGGAACGUGUCAAACAUCAGUCACGUCUCAUACAGCUACCAAACACGGGUAUUGCCCUCUCAACGCUUCACGCUCAUUGCAAAAACGAUGCGAUCCACCACAUUGGUUGCCAAUGGCCUCCGUCACCCGCUCCUCACAUCGAGCUGAGGAUCCUCCUCCCACUGGCGAUUCGAUGCGUCCGCAAGCCGCGAUACUAGACCAGGCCGUUGCCGAAGGCGGUGGCACAGGAGGUGCGCAGGGUCGUACGAAGCGAAAAUUACAAGAGUACGCGCAUGGACACAACGAACCAAGCAAACGGACGCGUGUGGCGACCCAAGGCAGAUCCGUCGCGCAAGACCGCGCCGACGCCCCUCCAGCAGGCGCUGGUCAAACGUCGGCCACAAACCUCACAAAACACCAAGCCAAAGUUGCCAAUGGCAUUCGACACGAACUAGACAGACUGGCGACCGAAGGGAGUGUCGAUAGAGAAGGCAAGCGCAAGCUGCGCUCGCAGGAGUCAACGCGCUUCAAGAGCGAGCUAGCACAGUACUUUCCGGACUACGACGAGGUGAUAGGAAAUGAUGAGAAGCAGGAAUAUCUGUUCAAUAUCGACACGCCUAUUCUCGUGUCGGACUCGGCGAACGAAAGUGAUGAUAGGCACCGCGGGCCCGAUCUCGGCACCGUGGUUUCGGUACGAAGCUACGGCGACGCGCUGUAUACAGAAGUCUCCAAUGCCCAGCGCAUCGAUUUGAGUUCACUAGGGUUGCAACAAUUCAAGAACAUUGCCUCAGAGGACCCCUUGCAUGACAGCGUUUACGAAAAGAUACAUCGAAGAGCCGAGCGACUGGAGCGGAACAUACGAAACACUGAGAAGGGGCGAGCUCAGCAUGAUCGCGACCGAAUAGUUCAGCUCAAGGAGAGUUUAGAGGGCCAGGAUUGGCUCAAGGUUAUGGGUGUUAGUGGCGUGACGGAAGCCAGGAAGAAGACAUUUGAACCCGCACGGCGGUACUUCAUAUCUGGCUGCCAAGCAAUCAUUGACAAGUUCACCAAUUGGAAGAACGAGGAGAAGCGACGCAAAGCAGAGAAGAACAAGGCCGAUGCCGAAGCCGAGGAGGAGGGCGAGGAGGAGGAGGAAUCCGAGGAAGCUAGUGAUGAAGAAGACGACUCGUCCCAUGCGACUAGCGAAGCAUCCUCCCCCGCAAAGCAGCUUCGCGAGGAGGCUAUGGCGAGAUCAAGACUGACAGCUAAAAUUGCGAAACGACCGCGACCACGGCCCCUGGUCAGACCAGAUCCGCCGAUAGGACCGCCGCCACCGCCCAAAGAGUUCAAGUCCUUCUUUGAGAAGCAGCACGAGCGUGACAGUGCAGUGAACAGGACGCGUAGAGGGCGCAAGGUCCUCGCGUGGGGAUUGCCUAUACCCGAGUUCUCCGAUGCUGAUUUCGAAUUGCCGGCUCAUUUUCUAGACGAGGACAAGAUGCGAGCCAGAGCGCGGAAGAAGCGUGCGGACAAGCGGCGGAGCAAGGGUUGAUUCACCGCUGAGAUUUGUUGUAUGUUGCACAGAACAGGCAGGGUGCCCGGCGUCACGGCUUGACUUUGUGAAGGAGGUCCAUCAAGGAGUCUAUCAAGGUUUUAUCACACUUGACGCAUGGUUGCCGUCCAACUUGUCCAAGUCCCGGGCGUAGUGAAUGUGAGGCUGAGAUUAUGCGCGGCGCGACUGCCCAGGAAUUUGAGCGUAUGUCCAAGAAGCCGUAUUGAAACCAUCAUCGUGUUGAACACCCAAGGUUUGCAUACCUAAGUUGAGUUGCAGGGAGACCUUGUGAUUUGUGAUGUAGGAAAGCUCA